GGACGUUUUUUCCUUCUUUUUUUAAUACAUGCAUUUUAGAUGCACUAGACAUCUUUUUUCUUUCUCUCUCUUUUUCCCCUUUUCUAAACACAAUGGAGUUCCAACUUUCUAAUUCAAUUUUACAACAACAAGAACAUAACACGACAGCUCUAAAGAGAAAAAUUCAAGUCAUGGACAGUCCAGAAGAAAUUGAAAGUUCAACAGCUAAACGUAUACAACUGAAUAGUUCGCAGCAUUGCAUUGCACCACAAAACACAAAACACUAUCAAAUAUCAGCAUCAGCAAGAGCUAAUUUUGCUAAUAUGAUUAUAGAAUCACCAACAAAUGAAGAUAUGAUGGAAGAAGACAUAUUAACAGACGAAGAAGAGUCACUAAAAACGCCUUCUUAUCAUCCAAUUGAUUUGGAGGACGAAGGGGAUUUAGAAAAUGGUGGCUAUAUUGGACAAUUAGAGCGUGGUUGGAGCCAAAUGUUUAGAGAAAUGUAAUAAAGCUAGCUGUCUCUUUUGUUUAGAAUUGUACCUGAACAUGACAAAAGACUUUUAAAAAAAAAUUAAAGCCGCUCUCUGUAACUUCGGUG